AUGUCUUCGUCAGAACCAAAGGCUCCACUUGCUGCGGUGGCAUGGGGAGCUGGAAAGCCUUUGGUGAUAGAGGAAGUGAAUGUGAAUCCGCCUCAGGCAAUGGAGAUAAGGAUCAAAGUCGCCUGCACCUCUCUCUGUCGCAGUGACAUCACUGCCUGGGAGUCUCAGGGAUGGGGGUUGACAGUUACACUUGGUGUGCCAAAAGUGAAGCCGGAGGUAACAGCUCAUUAUGGAAUAUUUCUUACUGGAAGAACAUUGAAGGGAUCUCUAUUUGGAGGAUGGAAACCUAAAUCUGAUCUCCCUUCAUUAGUAGAUAUGUACACAAAAAAGCUGGAAAAUCUACUGACAAUGUUUAGUCCUGGUUACAAGAAUGCGAUAGGGCAUGCCCAAACAAUUUAUCAUGUUGAAUUUAUAAACCAUCUAGGUGAGGAUGGUGAUAUCAAUGGACAAGUUGGGCUUGAGCCUUGGGCGGGAUGUCUCUGA